AUGGACUCAUCAAAAUUUCAUGUUGAAGUUAAUGCUGGAAAAUGCAUAUAUGAUGGUAAAAUGGUAAAACCUGAUAAAAGAAAAGGGAAACUAGUUCUUUAUAAAAUAUUUGAUAAUCUUUAUAACUUUCAAUGGAUUAAUAGAGAAAAUAAUGAAGUAGAGGACAAUUUAAUACUAACAAAAAGUAUUUCUCUAGAGAGAGUAGAACAAUGUAAAACUGGGAGAGUAUAUGUACUUAGAAAUAAAUUACGUGGAGUAAUAUCCUUUUAUUGGAUGCAAGAUUAUGAUGAUUCUAAAGACGAAAUAUUUGUAAAGCAGUUUAAUUCUAUCAUAGCAAAUGAUUUAGCAAAGGAUAAUAUAAAUAAAAAAAAAUAUAAUCCAACUGAUUAUAUGCCUGAACUAUCUGAAUUAAUAUUUCCUCAAACUAAGAAUAUACAAAACAUAGAUUCAAGAAAAGGGGUUUAUUUUAAAGAUUUAUUUACGAAUGAGUAUUUCUCAAAGCUAUUAGAAAUACCUGAUGCUGCUGAAGAAUUAAAAAAGCAUAUGCCUGAAGGAUAUCAAAAUAAAGAUGAUAUUAUAGACCUUAUAAACAGUCGAGCUUUGAAUUCAAAUUUGAAGGCUCUUGACAUAUCAUUAUCUUCACAUCUAAAUUUUAUAUUAAUUUCAUUAAAUUUACCACCUCAAGAAAAUGAAAUAAAUGAUCCAAUGGAAUAUAUUGUUGAAACUUUAGAAAAAAAAUAUAAGAAAGAAGAAAAUAAUUAA